UUAUCUCUCUCUAUAUAUAUACCCGUCGGUAUAUAUCUUAGUUUUGAAGCUGUGAUCUAAGAAACACCAAUAUCUCUGCCGUCGCAGAGGCAAAGUUCCUGGAACUCCUUAUAAGAAACCGCUCCAUGUAAUACUUCUCUCAAUGUAAUACAUGCAUUUCUUAUAUCAUUGAGUCCCUUCCACACAGACAGCAAUACACUAUGACAGCAAUACACUAUGACAGCAAUACACUAUGACAUAAUUCUAAUUCUAAAUUCUAAAUUCUUGAUGACUCCUACCAGUUAGUGGGGAGGCCACUAUUGUCCAGAAAACCUGAGAAGACUCACGCAGCCCAGCCAGGAGACGCCAAAUUGUCGUGGAAAUUAGCAAGAAAACACUCGCAGACCUCUGAAGUCCUCUGAAGCUGGCUACAAAUCUUUUUAGCUGGUAUGGAAAUCGCUGGAACAACUUUUGUCACCUUGAACAAACCCAUCUACUUCCCUGGCAAGUUGUGGCAUUUGGUGAGCGAUCCUCAGAUUCACUCAAUCUGGUGGGAUGCCAGCGGGGAAGGAAUACUCAUCCAUCAGCUACCUUUCGAAGCUGAAGUGCUAUUGUCCCAACCCAGGCAGGUGACCGAGAACUUCAGAACGACGGACUUCAUCAGUUUCGUUCGCCAGCUGAACCUGUACGGCUUCAGAAAAAAACGCACAGACCGUGACAUCUCAGACAAGCAACCCAACAUCUCAUCCAUUAAGGCCCAACUGCACCACUUUUACAACCCGUACUUCAAACGGGAUAAGCCUGAGCUUCUACUCAAACUAAAGCGACUCACGCGUCUCAACAAGGCCAAGCUCGCCGGGAUAGAGGUGACAACCAGGAAGACAAACCAUUUCCAUGAUGUGAUGUUGAAUUCGCCACAGGAAACCUCUGCCUUAAUGAAAACAGGUUCAGUCUUGCUUGGACAUCAGGGAACCCCUUACCAUCAUCCCUGUAAUGGCCCUCAGCAGGAGAAGGACUGCGACAGAACGUCCAAAUCCUCCCAAGCAUUUGUAGUGGGCCAUGUUGAUCCUUCUCCAGUUACUUUAAAUACUAACAACGUUGUGCCGGUCCCUGUGUCCUACCACUUCCCAGUGGACUCGCCGAGUGCACAUCCCUCCAGCGUCAUGCACAUGCAGCAGGGCGUCAUGCCUCAUCACUCACAGCACGGGUUUCACACACCAGUGUAUCAGUGCCGUAGCCCAGACUUCUUGGAUUCAAAAGUACCAAGCUUUCAACAACCAGCUGCUUCCUACUCUCCUUGUGGCUAUUACCCUGACGACUCAGUCGGAUACGCUCAUCCGAUUGAUCAGGAUCCAUACUGGAAAGCAGGUGAUGUUCCAGAGUCCAGGACGAGUGACAUGAAAGAGAAAGAGGAACUGGACGAUAUUUUAAAACUGGCGGAAGAAUUACAGGCUGAUGUUGAGUUCUGGGAGUUGCUGCAGCAAUCAAUCACCUGUUAAGACAGCUUGACUAGGGAGCGCAUUUUAUUGUAAUGACUGGAAGUGUAAUGACUGGAAAUGUUGCCUUUAAUCCUUUUCCUGUCAAUGAUUCACAUGACAGCAACAUGAGUUGAUUAUUAUCGCUUUCCAGGUAUAUUCCUGGAUACGAUAUAACGGAAAAUAGGUAGCAAAUGAUCCUUAAUGAUCAGUAAAUUUCACAAUUAUUUCAGUAUUCUAUUGGCAGAUCAUUUUUUCUCAAAAAAAAACAACAACAUUUUUUCUUAAACGAAGCAAAUGCAAUAAACAAUGUACAACUUGAAAAUUAUUAAAAUGUCUAGAAAUAGGUUUAUAAAUCUUAUUACUUACAGUACUAAAUUUAAAAAAAAAAGUUUUCUUUGUUCUCUUAUUUGCUCAUGUGUAAAGCACUCUGACCACUGUUUAAUAGUUUAUUAAAGUGUUUGACACGUAAUUAUAAAUGAUUAAAUGUUUGUUUGUAUGAAUUUAGCACAUGUGAAAGAUAUUUAAUUUUAUUUAAGAUAACAAACAAAAUACUUGAUGUAUUUAUUAUACUUGUUCGAUUUAAAUAUUAUUUUUAGCUGUAGUUUGAGUCAAUAACAUAGUAAUAUUUUUAAGGCAAACUUAAAUAUUUUAUAAAUAGUCAUAUUUUAAAGCUGGUAUGUAAUAGAGAGACGUGUGCACUG